AUGCAUAUUAUGUACCUUCCCACCAAAUUAGUUACCAUAUUUCAUAGUAAGCAUGUCUAAACAGAAAUGCUGACAAUAUUGCUGAUUAGUAUAAAUUUAUAUAUAAUCAUCAGAUUAAAAUUACUUAAAUCCAAAAAACAUGUAAAUCAAUCCCUGCACACUAACAAGGAUCCCCAUAUUAACUAACACAAAUUCAAAAGCCAGAAAAACAUUACCUCAACCAAAUUACACUCUUCUCGAAGACAAAAAUCCCAAGACGUCGAAACAAUCCAAUAAUCAAUCAAUUAAGCUAUUAAAUAACCACCCAAACAAUCCAAAGUUAUUAAUGGCUACAUGGUUAAACAAUAACUAAAUUCUAAUUCCUAUCAAUCUCCCAAGCAAUAAUAAAUUAUUGACUACCAAAGCUUUAAUAAAGAUAAAACUGUUAUAAAAACUGAACCUGACACAUAAAUUUGCAGCGACAGAAUCAUUUGUUAUAGAACUCCUGUUCUGACAUCCAAAUAAAUUCAAUCCAAAGAAUAAAUUAAAUCUAUUUGCAAACAAAUUUAUCCAUUAUAUAAAUAGACAGAUGAAACCACCAAUCUCAAAUUGGACAUUAGAAAUGAAAAUUAAAAUAAGAACACCAAGCUCAAAACAGAUGUACCAGAUAAAAUCCUUGAUUUGCUUAUGCUCUCAACAAGAGAACUCAAAAUCAAAUUAUCAGAAAAAAGAACAAAAUAAACAUCAAUCCCCAAAACUGCAAAAGCAGGAUUGCCUAUAGACUUUUUUAAUUUUAAAAAGUGA